AUGACCAGACAUUCAAAAUUAAAGCAUCCAACUAUUCAGACCAAAAGACAGCCCCCUAUAACCUUUGAAGAUGAGGAAAUGGAUAUUGUUGAGGUGCAAGGUGAUAGCUGUCAAGCACCUCCACGGUUGCCGGUCGAAAAUCAAACUGACAAUGCCCAAGAUACGCCUGCGACUUUUCAAGCAGCAUCAGAGCAAAAUCAGACUGCGGCUUCUCAAAAUAUACAAGGAUCGUCUCAGCCCAGGAUGUCUGCGUUUGUUAGAACUCCCUUAUUCUUGACAAAAAAACAGAAAUUGGACGAACAGCUGACGAAGAUGAUUGUCAAAGGUUUUCACCCAUUCAGUGUGGUGGACGAGCCAGAAUUUCGUAAGUUUUGUGCCAUGCUUAACCCCAAUUAUAGCUUGCCCACUCCAAAGACCAUCUCUUCAAAUGUUGUGCCUCAGUAUUACAAAGAAUGUAGAGCCAAAACGCAGAAAGAGUUGCAAGACCAAACCAUUACCAUAACGUCCGAUGGCUGGACAUCUGCUAGCAAUCAAAGUUAUUUGUCUAUUACAGCCCAAUUCAUCACAGAAGAAAUUGAAUUGAAAUCGGUUUUGCUCGGUUGCAUACCUAUUAAUGAAAGAAAUACUGCUGAUAAUAUCAAAAGUAGUAUUGAAGUGCUGACCACGUGGGGCCUAAAGCUGAAGGUGAUAUCUGCAACGACUGACAAUGGCGCUAACAUCAAAGCAGCCAUUGAAAGAGGUCAGUGGAAGUGGGUACCAUGCACUGAUCAUACCCUUGAUUUAAUUGUGAGAGCUGCCAUCAAAGAUAACAUUACGCCAACAAAAAAGAAAGUAAAAAAUAUUGUCAGACACUUGAAGCUAAGUCCAAUAGCAGAGGCAAAGCUGUUACAACUAUCCGAGCAAAUGGGGCUUCCUAAGUUGAAGCUUAAGCAAUCUGUGAAAACAAGGUGGAACUCAGAGUGA